UUGGUCCGAUACAGAGGGAUUAAAAUGUAUUUACUCCUGAUACUGAUCAUUACAUCUACAGUAACCCCAGGAAAUACUGAAUCUGUCUUCAUUGUCAGUGAUGGUGAUGAUGUCACUUUGCCUUGUGAAAAUUUGAUUGAUGGUCAGAAGAACUGUGACAGAACCACUUGGAGCUUCAUCAGGUCCAUGCUAAAAGUGACAUUGUUUGAAGAUGGUCAGUUAAAUGAAAAAAAAAAAUCAGGGGGACUGAAUGUUACUGCCAACUGUUCUCUAGUGAUAAAGAAUGUCACUAUUAAGGACGUUGGUCGGUACGUCUGCCGACAGUUAACUGCAGGAAAAGGAGAGAACUCUUCUGUUCUCCUGUCUGUUUUUAAAAUGACUGAACAGAAGAGCAAUGAUUCAGUUGUCUUAAACUGUUCUGUGGUGGACUAUAACUACCAUAGACACAAAGUGGAGUGGCUGUAUGAGGGGGAAGGAAACAUAUCCUCACAUAACCAUCAAUCAAUACCAGCUUUUCAUUCUUUUGUGGCACUGACUGCUCCUUUUCAUCAAAACUCACCACUUUAUCGAUCUAAAUGUAAAGUUACAAAUAUUGAUACUGGAAAAAUUCAGCUGUUCACCUUUGGCCACCAGUCAAAAGUUCAGACCACAGGUUUGCACUGGUGGCCAAUUGUUGUUUCUGUCGCUUCAACAAGCAUCUUAAUAUUCAUUGUGAUGUUCAUCAAAUGGAAGAAAACUAAAGAAUGUAUGAAUAGGAGUAAAGGGGACACGGAACCAAACUUGAAGAGACUGCCUGAAGAGACAAUUUUGGGUCCAGAACCCACAGAGGAUAUGGUCAGUUGCACUGUUACCUACAGCACUGCAGACCUUUCCUCCACUAAAGAUUCUGGUAAUCAAGACGUUGUCUACUCCACAGUGAAACUUAAGGGGGAACAUUUGACUUAG